GGUGUGUUAUGUCAUAAAACCGUCACAUUGUUUUCACCGGUCGGAUAAACAAAAUUUCUGUCAUUCAUUACCACGGCGUUUUAAUACUGUGACAUAUGCAAAUGUUUUUUUCAUUGUAUUAUAACGACUGAAAAUGACGCUGGUUUUCUUGUUUUGGCGAAACAGCCAGAAGGACGAUUGAUGAAAAUCUAAAAAAUCAUUCAUCCGUGGCCAAAUUCGUUAUAUUGCAUAGGUACUGGGGGAAAUUCGGCUAUUUCACUAAAUAGUGGGAAGCGAGCCGGUCAUCCAUAGAAAGACCAAUUGGAUGUGCCUUUAGAAAAGCGAUAGAUCAGACGUAUUUUUGCCAGGGAUACAGAGGGGGAAUUACAAGGAUGACAAGGAUUUGGAGUUGUAUAGUAUACUCUGUGAGCUUGCUAGUUCUUGCUACCUGUCAAGAUGAAGAUCGAGGACUUGUUGUAUCCCUGCUUCCCGAUCACGUCAGUGAGAUCGUGACAUUCCCUGGACAAGUAGACAGCUUUGUGACACCCAAAGAAACAACAGACGAGAAGGCGGGUAAUCGUUUCCUGUAUUUUUUUGGCCGGACGGACGUUUUAAGCAUGGCAUGUGAUCCUUGGAACCACUCUAUGUAUCUGUUAGAUGGUUUGUCACAAAGUCUCUAUAAAAUGAAUCAUUUCAACAUCUGGAUGAACGACACACGAAGAAAUGUCACUUUGUUGCAUCAAGGGGUUUCCCAUUCCGCGUCUUCACAGAUCGCGUUCGAUUGGCUCUCUCGAAAUAUAUACUGGACCGAUGACCAUUUCAACUGGAUUGGUGUACAACCCGUGGAUACCAAUGACAAAACAAUGUACAAAGUCAUCAUGCAUGACGAUCUGUGGUCUCCUCUGUCUCUGACAGUGGAUCCCAUUAAAGGGUAUCUCUUCGUCGCUGAACACGGUGCCAAUACGGUUAUUGACAGAGCUGAUUUGGCAGGCGAAGACAGGAAAACUAUCAUUACCUCUGUUUCAAAAGUCCCGGAUAUAGUUGUAGACACAGAAGAAGAAAGAAUUUAUUGGAUUGACAUUGGCAGAAAUAGUUUAGAAACGGCUAAGUACGAUGGGACAGACAGGCGUUUGGUACGACGGUCAACGAACAUUUACAUCCUGAUGAGUGGUCUCACACUUUAUAAGGAUGUGGUUUGUGUGACAAAGUUUCAGGAGGGUGAAGUUCUGUGCCUAGACAAGCGAAGUGGGUCUGUCGUGUGGUCAAAUUCUUUUUCAACACAACAGCCUUGGAGUGUUGAGGUUUAUGACAAAGACUUGCAAAAAAUAGUUCCACACACAUGUGCAAAUAAAGGAUGUGAUCACAUCUGCACAAACACCCCUAAAGGUGCAAAAUGUUUGUGUAAGGAGGGGUAUGAGCUCGACUCAGACGGUAAAACAUGUAAAGCUUCACAUACAUUGUAUGGAAAGGGGUUGUUACUAGCAAAUGGAACAGAUAUAUGUAUGCUAGAUAUCCGAGUGAUCAACGCGCAUGAAAACGAUGUUCGAUGUUUUCUUUCCUGGAAAAACAACAUCACAUAUAUGGCAGUUGAUGCCAACAACAAGAAGAUUUAUUUCACAGACGGCACUAACCGGCAAAUUCAAAAUUAUGACAUUGUACUCAACGUAACUUCCGUCAUCGCAACCACGUCCUCUUCCGUUUCCGGUCUAGUGUACGAUUGGAUUAACGACGAUGUAUACUGGUUAGAAAGCGACUCAGGAAAAAUUAAAGUCACCACUACAACGGACAAUGUUCGACAGGAAGCUACAAUAUUCUGGGGUCUAGACCGUCCCUCCUUCCUGACAAUAAACCCCCAUAACUCAACAGUAUACUGGAUAUCUGAUAGAAACGGGCAAUAUAGUAUUGAAGGUGGGAGUUUUGACGGAAUGCAGCGAUGGAAAAUUGCAGAACGAGCCAUCGUCCAAAGUCCAACCGGGCUAUUUUUUGAUUUUACAUAUAAAAAACUGUUUUUCAUCGACAAAGGAGAGCUGAAAAGCAUAAACCCAGACGGAAGUGAUCUUUAUGCUUUAAAUUCUGUCGGAAGUGACGAUAAAGUUUUCGUAUACAAGGAUUACGCUUUGGUAACUAAUGGCCAGAAAUCCAUUCGAACACUGAACAUACACACCAAGGUCUUCCAGACUGCUAUAAACCUGACGGAUUUUAAGGAAGUUUCUUGUUUCACAGCCUUUGACAAAAGUAUCCAAAAAACCGAGCAAUCUCCCUGUAUGAUUGACAACGGAGGAUGUGAGCAUAUAUGCACCUUGGACAUGGGGAAGAAAAAAUGCCGCUGUGGAUUUGGAUUUACUCUACAUUCGGAUGGACUGAACUGCUCAAGCACUCCAAUGCUCGAUGAAUUCGCAUUGACCGUGGACUACACGCAUGGAAUGCUCUACCAGAUUUCACUGAAAAAUGCGGAAGUGAAAGCAAUAGACCUUCCCACACCGAAUUAUCCCAUGAGCGCCGUAUACGACACUAAACGACAUAACAUAUACUGGACAGACUUUCAAAGAUAUCAAAUUCUACAAAGCACAAUUUGGGGUCAGAAUAAGUCCGUCGUUUUUAACACAGGUUCAUAUAUCCCUGGCUCCAUUCAGGUCGAUCCGUCGACAGGCAACAUCUACUAUGCCGCCACCACUUUUGAUUUCAUGAAGGGAGUGACGUCACAUAUUGCGGUGGUACGCCCAAAGAGUGGACAGAAUAAGGUGGUUAUAUCUCAGCUAGAGGUGGUCAAAACCAUAGCGCUACAUUCGAAAAAAGGAUGGAUAUUCUGGAUCGACAAAGGAGGGGCCCAGUACACUGCCUAUAUCGGGAGAGGGGCCAUGGAUGGCGAUAGUCGCUCAUUCUUCGUGUCGUCCAAUUUAUUUAGUCCAACAGGACUGGCUAUAGACUACGAAGGUGAAAAAUUGUACUGGUCAGACAGUUACAUGAAUACCGUAAGCUAUAUCGGCCUGGACGGCAGCGACCGCGGGGAGUUGACCCAUGACCCACGCGCAGACAUUAUGCAUAUUGCAGUCUAUAAUUCCCACUUGUAUUACACUGCCGUAAAUAGACAGUUUAUUACAAAAGUCAACAAAAAAACAGGAACUAUUUCUUCUUGGAUGAGCGAGACACCAGAAUUCGGACGAUUAGAAACUUUAGAUAUAUAUCCGGGUGACCCAAAGCCAGUUAAUAAAAAGUGUGCUGUCAAUAAUGGCCUAUGUAGCACAUUUUGUUUACCGACUCCCUUUGGGCGGACUUGCUCUUGUGAGGAAGGGGUGUUGUUGGAGAAAGAUGGCAGAACGUGCAAAGGCGUAAAAAAAUGCAAUCAGACUAUUGUAAACGGAGGACUGAACUCGGAUUGCAGCGGUUAUUUAGGAACCUCAUGUGAGUACCACUGUUCCCGAGGUUACCUACCAACGCUGGCGAACCGAGAAUUACAUUGUAAUUACAACGGAGACUGGGGGGUCCAAAUGGACAAACUUUGUGAACCUGUUGAUCCAUCCAAAGCCGAGCAUUCACCAAAUACACAUACACUAAAUAACGCAGCAUUGGGUGGAAUCCUCGGCGGUGUCAUCGUCCUCCUCGUCGUUGUCAUCAUCGUCAUCAUAGUUAUUUUAUACAAAAGGCGGUCUGGUAUGUUUGUUCACGCCAAGUUUGUGAAUGCGCCUAAUGUGCAGCUAAAUCCGUCAAAUGCCGAAAAGAUUGACGACAAGGAGAUAGGAAAUUCCAAAGAACAUAGCAACGGAACAUUAAAUGGAACACUGGGAACAAGCAAUCCUGUAUAUGAAUAUAAAACCGACAUAAACGGUUCGCAUCAACAUGUGUACAGUACAUUGGAUGUUUAAAAGAUGUGAUCACGUGACCUCCCAGGUAGCAUCACCACAAAUUAUGAAAUCCUUCUUGAUAUAAUCAGGAGACUGAAAUCCAUGACACACGCGCACAUGUUCUUUUAUGUGAUUAAAGCUGGGUAAUUUGUAUCAUUUCAUCUAAAAUAAAAAGAAUAAAACAU